AUGAUAGAUAAUGUUACCGAAGAAUUAUAUAACGAAUUGGAACCUAAAACGUUUUUCAAUAAGAUUUUAGUCACAGCAGAAGAAAUCAUUGCUAACUCUACUUCUCCAAGAAGAAAAAUAAAACGACCAUGGAACCAAUACAUGAUAUUCAAAAAAAAUUUUUCCAAAUUAAUUAAAAAUACGAACAUACCAUGGAAGGGCAACAUGAAAUCAGUAACAAGAGUUUCAGGCCAUAUUUGGAGUAAAGCCUCAAAAAAAGAAAAGGAAAGUUUCUGUAUCCUUGCCCAAAAAGCAAGACGGUUACAUAAAAAAAAACAUCCAGACUUUUUUUAUGCGCCGAUCAACAGAAAGUUUCAAGAACUUUUUAUUCACUAUAAUGGCCCUUCCUCAUCCUCUUCACCAAAUGCCAAUUCCGAAUCUGAACAACAGGAUGAUAUUUCCUCGGUACAAGUACAACAAGAACAACGACAAGAACAAGAACAACAAGAACGAGAACAACAAGAACAACGAGAACAACGAGAACAACAAUUUAAUAAUCAACAAAUACCUCAACCAAUACCUCAACCAAUACCUCAACCAAUACCUCAACCAAUGCCUGAACCAGUACAACUACCGCCGCAAUUUGUAUUAGAUUUUCCUUAUAUUAAUGAACAUCAAAAUUAUGAGGUUUAUUCUCCGGAAUUAUAUUUUCCUGAAUGCCUUCAAAAUCUUUAUUUUUAUCCCAAUUAUUGUUAA